AUGCCUGCUGUAACUGCAACUGCAGAAGAGCAGAAUGAAGAGAAUCAAAAGAUGUGGAGUGCUCUAAAGCGUUACAUUAUACGCGAAAGGCAAAGGAAGAAAGAAGAAUAUGAAGCAGAAGUGGAGGAAGAGAGGCUGCGCAAAGAACGCGAGGCCAGAGAGAGGCAAGAUGUUAUGACCCUUGAGGAAACUAAAGAACAAAUUGACCAAUUAGAGCUGAAGCUUAAACAGCUUGAAAAAGAAAAACAGCAGCUUUUCAUGCAACUCAAGAAGGUUUUGAAUGAAGAUGAAAUUAGAAAGAGACAACAACAAAAGGAAACUAAUGAUUUUUACAGCGAAAUGCAACCCAUGAAGAUGCCUAUGGGCAAUAUCUCUAUUCCAAUGUUUCCGAUGUCUUCAUCUACGGGUCAGAGCGAACCCCCACAGUCCCAAGGAAGACCACCUCCACUAACAUCGCAUUUAAUGCCCAAGCAUAAGCACUCAAACUUGUUUCCACAACAGCAGACUAUUGUGCGUGGACCGAUACAGUCCGGGGUGAAGAGACAGCGCAGUCCUUCGCCGAAUUAUGCAAUCUACUCAGCACAUCGCUUGCACCAGCAGCCUAUGAAACAUCAGAAUGUAUAUUCAGAUCACAAGGUCGAAGAUGGCCGAAUGGGCCGUCAAAUGGCCCGAGCAGUGCUAUGGAACAAACCAUCUCAAUACGGCUCGAAUGUACAACAACACGGAGGUCAACAGUAUUACGCGAUGCCUACUUCAGGAGUGGUUGGAGUAGUUGGGGAGCGUCCUCCUCCCCUGCUCUAUGCCCAUCAUGCUCAUACUCCUCAUACGCCUCACACUCCUCACCAUGCGAACUUGAUGUAUGCCCCAGCGCCGCAGCCGCCACAUGUCUAUCUCGAUAUGCUGAAGAGAGACGGUCAGCAGCAUCAGGAACAGAAGAAAGAUGCUCAGCCGCAGGUGCUGAUCGGCCUGAGCGAGGCGCACCACCCGUCCGUGAGCAGCGGCGUGGGCUACGCGCAGCCGCCCGUGUCGCGCCACCUCGCCAUACACCCGCAGCAGCACAACAACAUGCAGACUUCGAAACCAGGCAGUAUAACUCAAGGAUAUCCCGUGCAGCAAUCCAACAAUGUGCAAAACAAUAUAUAUCCCAACAGACAUCGAUAUUAG